AUGGAGUUCGCGGCGUUCUGGCCGCGGCCGCUCGUGCCGCCGGGCUACCGCUUCACCCCGACCCCGGAGGAGCUCAUCCGCUACUACCUCGACCCCUGGGUCACCGCCCGACUCCCCGCCGAGCUCCAGGGCAUCGUCUGCGUCGCCGACGUCUACAGCGCCGACCCGGACACGCUGACAUCGCAGUUCCAGCGUUUCGGCCACGACGGGAACUGGUACUUCCUCUGCGUGAACCGGUGGAAGGGCGGCAAGGCCGGGACUUGCCGGAUGAACCGCUGCGUGCAGGGCGGCGGCACGUGGCACGGCUCAGGCAAGCGGAAGCCCGUCGGACGGUGCGGGUACCGGCAGGGCUUGGAGUACCGUGACGUGGGUGGCAACAAGACGGCGUGGAUCAUGGAGGAGUUCGGGAGCAGCCUGCCAGCGACCACCGACGGCGAGGGCGUCAAGGUGAUCUGCAAGGUGCACCGCUCGCCGAGGGCGGCAGCGGCCAAGAGGUCCCGGUUGCAUGGGGAGCACGGUCACACCGCGGGGUCGGCCGUGCCAUCACCGGCCGAUGUCGGGCGCUCCUACGACGGCACGUCUCAGGCCGCGCCGGUGAGUGCGACGGCAGAGGAGGGACGCCGAGAAACCAACAUGGUGGUGUCCAAGAGGCUCCGAUUGCCUCAUGAGCAGGGUCCCACCGCGGUCUCGGCAGCUCCAUCACCGCCCGAUGUCGAGUGCUCCUAUGCCGUCGCGUCUCGGGUUAAGCCGGUGACCGCGGCGGCCUCGACCACCCGGCAGCAACCCAUAAUGGAACAAAGCACGGGACACCACCGUGCCGGCGUCAAUGGCGGCGCUGGCGCCGCAGUUAUCAAAGACGAGCCAAAGCCAUUGGAAAUGGUGACUCCAGACUUGGAGUGGCAGCAAUUUGCAGAGAUGGAUUAUGGCUUUGGGUGGCAGCAAUUUGCAGAGAUGGACUAUGGCUUUGGGUGUACCGCUGAUGAUGCGCGGCUGAAUGAAUGGACGGCUAGUACCUUCUCUAAACGUCUUGACCCCAGUGAUGGUGUAGAAAAGAACGACGAUCCAAGGGGCGAUACGGCAGCGAGUUGA